UGCUCUUUUACUAGGCAGACACAUGUGUACCUCUCGAUGAAGAGAAGUAGCCUACGACUUUUUAGCCCAAUUAUAUUACCAAACUUCCAUUUGCCUUUAUUUUACAAAUGCGGAAGCAGAUACGUUAAGGGGAUUUCUCAUGAUGAACGCUACAGUAGCCUAUGCGUUUUUGUUUUACGGAUCCCCAUAGCUGCAACAAAGCAUUACAAUUGUAUAUAAUAAUUACGGAUUGUGAACGGUAGCUAAACAAUCGACCGAAUUAAUUUGCGCAUAUUGAAUAAGCCUAAUAUUUGUAAAGAUGCGUAAUUUCACCAUCACAGCAAUGAAGUAUGCAAACGUUGUAUUACUAUCUCAAAGUUCAAACGCAUAUGGCGUUAAAUCAUUAGACAACCAAAUCAUUUGAUAAUUAAAAAACAUUCGAAUAUUUUUUUCCAAGCCCAACUCCAGCUACUCCUAUGGUAAAAGCAUGGUGUUGAGAUGAAGAUUACCGGGAAGAUCCUCACUCAUUUUCAGUCGUGCAGCUCACCCGUCGACAAAGAAGGAUACCUGUAUAAAAAGGGUGAGAGAAACACUUCCUAUCAGAAGCGCUGGUUCAUGCUGAAGGCAAACCUGCUCUUCUACAAGGACCGGCCCAACCACCGCGACCUGCUUGGCGUCAUUGUUUUGGAGGGCUGCUCAGUGCAGCUGUGCGAGUCUGAGGAGCAGUUUGCCUUUUCGCUGGUGUGGAGCGGUGAACCGGGCCUGCGCACCUACAAGCUAGCCGCAGAGGACCAGCCCAGCCAGGAGAGCUGGAUCAGGGCCCUGCUGUCGGCCAACCACGGCUACCUGGCCACGCUGGUCAUGGAUCUGGAGAAACAGUACAAAGAGGCCAUGAAAGCAUUUCCUGGUGACCCAUCCCAGCAGUCUACACUUGCUGGCCCAAACACAGAGAGGCCAACUCAGUCGCUGAUUUGGCUGAACUCUGGGACCGCGGCCCUUUCACAGUACCUAGGGCCAAGUGUGGGAGCCGGGCAUAACUUUAGCACAAAUGAAAUGCUACAAGUUCCUCCCAUUUCCUCUAAACCAACCAAUAAGAGGUCUCCAAAACUCUGGCCCAAGAGAAAUGCAAAUGUUGUACCUAUUAAUGUCCCAUCCCCGCCCCAAGGGGAGUGGUCAGUGACUGGGUCAGGACCCAAGGUGGAAUUUAGCGAACUACACGAGGACUUUGGCAAGGAGGUGAAGGAGCUGAUUGCUGAUUGGUUGAGACGGGGACAGAAAGAUGUAAUUCAGGAAGAAGACUUAAUUGAUUUUGGUUGAUUCAGCAUGGUAUGUCACUAUAAGCAUGUAAACAGUCCAUACCAAAGGAGUCUGUACCAAUUGCAAUAAUGGAUGCCAACAUGAAUUAAUAUUUGUGAAUGUAAGAAAAUAUAUAAUGAUUAUUUUAAAAUAAAUGUUUUUUAGACAGUUUUCCUCUUCCCCAAUCAUUUGAAUUAAUAUCUAUGAUUUAAAAGGCAAUCAUUUAUCAAGUUCUUCUCCCCAUUAGAGCCAAUAAGCUACAAUAUUAUUACAUGUAAUGCUGUAAUAAUACAGCUAUUGCAUUCAAUAGAUAAUACAUGCAAUUGAUUUGUGAGUUUGAGUUGUCUUCACAUUGGUUGAAAUUCACUUAAGUCAGCAUGAUUCCAAAAAUAGUCUAGUUUAGUCAACACAGCAACUCAACCCACACAAAUUAUGCAGAGGAUAUGAAACGCUGUUAGAUGCAACCUAAAAAUGAAUACUGUAUGGGAAAUUCAUUAAUCUGGUGCCACUGAUAACUGAGCACUCCAACACCCCGCUUGGAUGUCCACAAAUGUUCCUCUUUGGUGACAUGAAAUCACUUUUCGCUGGCACUGAGCCCCACGGGACAUGUCUGAUGUCAGUACUGCUAAUGUGCCAAGCGAACUAAACGGUUUGGGGUACUAAUUAAUAUGACCCCACCAUCGAAAGCGCUCACGAACACGUAGGCUACAUGUUGGUUGUUUUGCUCCACAACACAAGACUCGUCUGAAGGUAACCUGGUACCGGUUUAAAAAUGUAUUUAAGUAUUUUAUUGCUCCCCCCAAAAAGGGGUUAAAUAUGGGUAAAAACAACAGAAUAUCCAGGGCCUGUAUCCACAAAGCAUCUCAGAAAAGGUCCUAGGAAUCUUGUUAAAACCUGUUUGAAGACUAGCCAUAAGACUCGCUGUUUAUUAUCUAUCUAUUCAUAGUCCUCUUUACCGCUAUCUACAUGUACAAAUGACCUUGACUAAACUGUACCCCUGCACAUUGACUCGGUACCGGUACCCCCUGUAUAUAGCCUCCACAUUGACUCGGUACCGGUACCCCCUGUAUAUAGCCUCCACAUUGACUCGGUACCGGUACCCCCUGUAUAUAGCCUCCACAUUGACUCUGUACCGGUACCCCCUGUAUAUAGCCUCCACAUAGACUCGGUACCGGUACCCCCUGUAUAUAGCCUCCACAUUGACUCUGUACCGGUACCCCCUGUAUAUAGCCUCCACAUUGACUCUGUACCGGUAUCCCCUGUAUAUAGCCUCCACAUUGACUCGGUACCGGUACCCCCUGUAUAUAGCCUCCACAUUGACUCUGUACCGGUACCCCCUGUAUAUAGCCUCCACAUUGACUCGGUACCGGUAUCCCCUGUAUAAAGCCUCCACAUUGACUCUGUACCGGUACCCCCUGUAUAUAGCCUCCACAUUGACUCGGUACCGGUACCCCCUGUAUAUAGCCUCCACAUUGACUCUGUACCGGUACCCCCUGUAUAUAGCCUCCACAUUGACUCUGUACCGGUACCCCCUGUAUAUAGCCUCGUUAUUUUGUUUUAUUUUUUACUUUACUUACAAGCCCAUAACACUCUUCCUCGAACUGCAUUGUUGGUUAAGAAAAUAUUUACUAAAUUAAGUAUUUCACAAUAAGGUCUACACCUGUUGUAUUUCCGAGUGGCGCAGCAGUCUAAUGCAUCACUAAAGACCAUGGCUCAUUCCCAGGCUUAUGACUCUCAUUGACAUAGUUGCAAAUAAUGGGGAAUAACUAAUCAUGGUCAAUGUGACUGUACAACAUCUGUUGCAAUGGUAAAACAUUUGAUAUAAUUUUCGCCUGAUAUGAUAAUUUUGCCUACUCAAUUAUUGCCUAAUAUGUUGGCUUACAUAACCUUUAAAAUAAAAUUCAAUUCUGAUAGUUUUUAAACUCACUCAUCACUCACAUUUAACAAUUCUAAAUCGCUUUGACACAGUAGGCAUCAAGUCACUUUCCAGUAAUGUUGCAUACAGCGUUGCAUCUAGUGUUUUGAAUGGUCUAUCAUUUUCAUCGAACACAAUCGAAGUUAACAUAAUCCCAAUUUAGGUAUAUUUUUUAACAAUGUGAUGUUUCGCUCCAAAGGGAUAACUUGAAAUAACAUGAUGUAGGUUAUCAAAUAAUUGAAAGAAAAUGUUUAUUUAUUAGCCUAGUGGUUAUAUGUAUUUAGGCAUAUGUUAAAUAGACCUGUGAAAGCAUUGUCAAAAGCUCAAGAGAUACUGUUGCAUGUAAGUCUCUUGAUUUAUGGAUUGAUCAUAUCGAAAUAUCAAAACAUAAUUUGAACAACUCCAAAACAAUUGCAUGUGGUGUAGGAACCACUGACUCACUGCUUUUUUAUAAUUAAUUAUCAAGACACCUGCUUGUAAUUCUUAACUGGUUAGGACAGCUCACGUGGUCUCUGUCGACUAGGUGGGUCUCUGAGUUAAGAGGCUUUGUGUAUAGCUUACCCAUAGCAGUAAGAGUAAAAUGUCUGUUCUUACGACCAAUUUUCUACUCUGAGAGGCUUUGUGCAUGCAGGCUCUGAGCUUUCUUGUAUAUCUCAGAUAAACUACAUGAUUAAAAGGAUGUGGAGACCUGCUCGACGAACAUCUCGUUCCAAAAUCAUGGGCAUGAAUAUGGAGUUGGUCCCCCUUUUGCUGCUAUUGCAGUCUCCACUCUACUGGGAAGGUUUUCCACUAGAUGUCGGAACAUUGCUGUAAGGACUUCUUGCUUCCAUUCAGCCACAAGAGCAGGUGAGACCUGUCAUUCAUGCCAGUUUUGAGACUCACAUUUUUAGCAUAAAAUAUAUAUACAUGCCUGUUCUGCAUGUUAUUUUGGUAUUCGUACAAGUCACAUUUAAGUUUGCAAAUAAUGUUUAAAAAAAUAUGUACAAAUUAUUGAGUUAAUAAAGCCGCAUAGAAACAUGG